AUGUACUCCACAUAUACCACAGCUGAACGCCAUGGUUACAGUGUGCAAUUUUCAACAUUUGAAACAGAUCGACUACUGCUUGCAACAAGCCAACUUUAUGGUUUAGCAGGCGGCGGUUCUUUAUUUCUUUUACAGAAUCUUCCCAACAACAAGGGUCUUACCGAGGUGGCACGUCUCGAAUGGUCUGAUGGUCUGUUUGAUGUAGCUUGGUGUCCAUACGGCAACAAUAUCGCCUGUACCGCUUCGGGUGAUGGUUCAUUGCAAAUCUGGUCUGGUCUCGAUGGGGCUUUCGAUGCCUUGGAAACGGCAAACUGUGUGAAAGUGCCCCAGAAACCAGUUAUGUGUUUGCGUGAACAUAAAAACGAGGUAUACAGUGUGGAUUGGAGUGAAAAAUGGAAUUAUCAUCAGAUACUGUCGGGCAGUUGGGAUGGUGCGAUUAAGUUGUGGGAUUGUAAUCGCCAGAAGUCGGUAGCCACCUAUAUGGGUCACUCCGAUCUGAUAUAUAGUGCAAAAUUCUCACCCUUAGUGGCAAAUAUUUUUGCUAGCGUAGGUACCGAUGGUUUAUUAAACUUAUGGAAUUCUUUUGAUUUUUCAGGUAAACCUUUGAUGUGCGUUAAGGCGGCCCAUGACAGUGAAAUCUUAUCGUUGGACUGGAGCCAGUACGAUCGCAAUGUCUUGGUGACGGGUGGUGCUGAUGGCUUGGUGCGCGGUUGGGAUUUAAGGAAUAUGCGCCAGCAUGUAUUUGAAUUGUUUUCCGGAGAAUUUGCCGUAAGACGUUUGGCGUUUUCGCCUCAUAAGGCUUCGGUGUUGGCUUCAGCAAAUUAUGAUUUUACCACUAGAAUUUGGGACUUUGGUGUUUCAGCAGAUGCCAUUGAGGUACAUGAACAUCAUACUGAAUUCGUUUGUGGUCUAGACUGGAAUGCCAAUACACCACAUCAGUUAGUAGACUGUGGCUGGGAUAGUGUGGUCAAUGUGUUUACACCCAAAACCUUAAAACUGUGAACUGCAGACACCAAAGAAUUGACUUGAAUCAAUCAAUAUGGCCUUAAACUGUAAAUAGUAUUGAAGAAGGAUGAAACAGAUAUAGAAAAAAACACACACAAAAUACAAAAACACAAGUGUGAUAAUAACCAAUGUGCCAGCAAAGUGCGCCAUCAAGCCGAUUAACUAUCACGUAGUAACGUUCGAUACGUUACACAACAAACGAUAUUUACACCA